CCAAACUCUCGAUUACCUGUUGACUUGUUGUUUCGGGUUUCGGGUGAAUGAGUCUCGGGCGGCGAGAGCUUAAAAGCGGUCAACCCCUCAGACCGAGUGAGGUCAUGGGGUGCGGAGUUUGCUUUCAAAUUUAAUUAAACAGUAGCUACCUGUCCAGUCCCACUGGUUCCCAAGCAGCACCCAAGAGACCGUCCCUCCAACGGUGCACAGGAAGUGACAGGGAGUGUAUGGGCGUCGCAUUAAUUUAUGAUUAUGAUUCUGCUCGAUUUCACCCUGAACCACCUUACUUUUCUUUCCCUCUUCGUCCAUCGCCUUGGUGACCCUUUUUGGCUUUGGCUUUUUUGUGGAGGUUGCAUCAUGUUCUGGAAUCAGAAAUCGUCAAGAUGCGAGGUGUGUUGCUUUUCCAUAAAAGAAAUCUCGAAAGCAUUGUCGCUCGAAACUUUUCGAAAACCGUUCACAAAGUCCUACGGCGAGUCACGGGACGAUUUUACGAGCCACCGUAAAGCGUAUGCGGAUCAGCUCCCACCCCCGUGACUGCUGCUUUGGUUUAUUAUUUAUCCUUUCCCCGUACGCGAGGCCCCGGCAACCGUCAGUUCCAGAUGAUCGCUUACCGGGAACGCUCGGAGCCCGGAACUUGCCUUUAUGUCAAAAGCUCUGAUACACCGGGGGAGGGAUGUAAGCUUCGGGGUGUUUUAUCGUGGGUUUUGCAUACGCCCGGGCCCCUUUUACGAGCCCCGGAGCGCCGGAGAUGGGCAACAACAAAAAAACGUGGCUUACCUGGCGCCUCCAUCGCUACCAUGCGCCUCCAUUGGCCGGCAGGAAGGAUGGAAAAUUUAAUGAAAAAACAUAUACACCGGCACAACAUGAAAUGGGCGAUGAUGCGUGGAAUAACCUUUUCCAUUCGUUGUCCCCUCCGGAGCACCGGAGGUGGUGGGAGGAAGUGAUGUUCCGCCCGCAUUCUGUUUUCUUUUUUAUGUCCCGCGAGACGCUGGAUGACGACGAAUCGUUGGAUGUUCGGUCGUUUUUCAUUAUCGAUAGUGUGCCAUGCUUUGAGACUGAUAAAGCCAAACCUUUUCACGCUUGAGCGUGUCGGUGUGCUGUAUUAUGUUGGUAUGUACGGUGUAUCGCAUAUCAUUAAUCACACACAUAGUACAGUUGAUUAAGAUCGGAUGAAAAGAUUCCGUUUUUCAAAGCAACCAGGGAGUAGAUGGGUGGAGGAAUGUAAUGAGGUGGCAACCAGCAAUCCUGCAAUUCAUUUCAUGACCUUCACCGGCACAGUUACAAGCAGAAUGCAUAAUCGUCUAUUUAUGUUGGGUUUUGUGGUCGGAGGAGGCGGUGCUGGUGCUAGCUACUAACCGAUUCGUCCCGAGGCGUGUCCAGCGCACACACGCGGCCUAUCUAUUCCAUUCGCAAAGUUGCCUCUUUUUUCUUCAUUUAUCUGCAUCUCAACCCUCGUCAUCAGCAUACAUUCGUUAUGUAGGCGACUGAGUAAGGGCAUGGAGGAACCCAGUAAAGAUGCUCUGGAGGCAAAACGAGCUGAGCUCAAUCGUACCAGCAAUACGUUAAUGAAGACAAGUCCUUAGCCGCCCUCCCAAAAACGAUUUGUUUUCGUUGUUUGUUCUCACGCUCACGCUGUUACUAGUCGUUAGUUUUAGCAUGUAAGGUAACCUAGAGAUAUGGAAACCAAUUAAGGCGAGUAAGCUGUCAAAACCUUAGGCGUAGGCAAACAGUAAACAUAAACUACUGUUUUUUCUCCACUUUCUCUCCUUUCUUCUCUCUCUCUCUCUCUCUCUCUCUCUCUCUCUCUAUCUGACUCUAUCUAUCUUUCACUCACGUCUUGGUGAGAUUGAGUAGCGUAGCAAUAGGAACAUAAUAAAUUAAGGGUCCAAAAACAGAGAGAAAACAGAAAACAAAAUCAUACAUAAGCUUGUUGAAGAACUUAACUACAUUAGACGGUUUGAAAUCCACAAACAGUUGGAAAAUUAGUGAGCUAAGAAAAAAAAGGGUAAAUUUAAUUCCCUCCCAAAUAGGGGGUAGCAGAGAGGGAAAGGAUCGUUCAAGAGCGGCGAUAAUUCAUUGCAUAUGUCUGCUUGCGUAGAAUUGUGUGCUACAUGGAUGUUCGUGUGCGUGAUUGUGUUCGUGUAACUGUACGUGUGCAGCGUAGCGUGUUCUUCGGUGUCGUUAUCUAGUUUGUUACUGAAUUUACUAGCACACACACAAACACACACGCUAACUGAUCUGCUCCAGACGUUUAGAUCAGUUUCCCUGUUCGCGUCCUGUGAUCAUUAUACGGCCGUACGGUAAACGUUCAAUUGUAUAUACUAGCAAACACCUCCCAAGCUAUCUUUCACUUGAUCGUUACUGAAAGUUUCAUCGGUUCGCCACUGGUCUCGAAUUUAGAUAGAGGCAAUCGGAAAUACAGCAAACUUCUCGACUGUGAUUGCACUCUUGUUUGGUCCGAGGCACGAUGGAGUGCCCUCUCAAGUGACUAUUGCUGUCUGGAGGCAUUGUUUUCCCAUUUGUGUGUGAUCGCUAGCUCAAUCCUACAUUCUUUUUCGAUGGCAAAACCAACAGGUAGCUAAUGUGGGCUACCGGAGAGGAAAAAUAAGAGGACCUGUACAGUACGCACCUAUCAGUUGUUCAACGGCAUAGCCCUCUAGCGCAUAUUGAAUGUUACCGAUUAGUUAAUUGAUCAUCGGACGGCAGAUGAGCAAACGAGACGCAGACUCCACUGGAUACGCCGGUGGGUACGCUGGCUCUUUACUCAUGCGUACAACAGAACGGAUUCUAAAACAAACAAUAAGUAAUUGAUCAAAAACCAAAGACAAAACGAGAUCGAGGGUUGGGGUAAGAGUAGGGCGCAAGAGUGCAGAUAACGAAAAUCUCCAAAGUUCCCCCCGCAAAAAGUGGCACACGCAGAGUUCGUUACCACAACACUCUGCUCGAUAAUGCAUUUGGUAUAGCGAUUUUUAAACAUCUGUUUCUUUGCCAUUUCUGUCUCGAUUAAUGUACAAAUUUCAAAGAAUGUUCUUAAAAAGGGUCAGACUUAAGGGAAAAUGUGAAAUCAAACCUUACACCGUACAGCUCGAAAUUAUAGCAGCUGCUCGAAAAACCGCGAAACAACGCGCGAAUCGGUGGACAAAAUGGAGAUUUAAAUUUAUUUUCAAAUUUUCUCUUCAGAUUUUCUCUUUAGAUUGAAAAGUUCCACAUCAAUCGUAGCAGUAUUGAUAAAGAUACAGAUUUUUAUUAAAUCACGUGUUCGCAGCCAUAGGUUCCACUGCAUGUGCUUUGACCACCGGAAAGCUGACGAGCUACCGAGAUAGCUGCGAGCAGCCCAGCCCUGUUUGAAUGAUAUUAUUGGCUUUGGUUGUACAAUUUCAAUAAACUCUUUUCAAUCGUAAUCAUCAUGGUGAAAAGUGUGUUUCCCUGGAAGCCAAAACACUCCUUACCAAUAGAAAUGUAGAUGAAAUGGAGGCUCACGACAUGAAGCAACUGUAUCUAGAAUCCACACUUCCGUACCAUAUGCCUUCGAUCGAUUAUAGCUUCAGUCGCUCCGUUGGGAAUCGCGGACAGCGGUUGAGCGAUUCAAACACUAAAGUAAAAUGGGUACGGGAUGCGGGGACUCAUUUAAAAAAAAGGUACCAACCGGCAACGCCGCGAGCGGUUUUCAAUCCCAUUCAUAUCAAAACCAUUUAACCGAACAUUAUUUCCGCCCAGCGUGUAAUGUAAUUAGUGCGAGAUUAAAGAACGUAGCAUAAUUACUCUCUCAACAGAAAAAAGAAAUCAAAGCUCAAGCCACGGUGACCGCUAUCGGAUGGAGUUCAAUGGAGCUGUCUGCUCACUGUAAAUAGUAAUAAAGGAAAUAUAUAUACAUUAAAAAUGGAGUGAAACACACACAACACACACACUUACAGUAGGGGUUACAGAUUGUUCUUAGAGAGUAUCUCGCAGCAAAUGAGUUAAGCAUAAUAUUACAAAUGGUUAAAAUGACUUCAAACCACAUAAAGGGUACUUCAGACAAGGUUCAACUAGUGUGCGGUAAGAGAAGAAAGAAAAGAAUGGAAGGAAGAAUGCCAUAAGAGCUACACUUAAGGGUGAAACAAGCGACAGAUUGUAGAACGAAUCCCCGUUGAUCGCAGCAAAUACCAAUUAAACAGCAGAAUCAAACUAAACAAAUCAAUACGGAGCAGUAGUAAAACAUUAUAAAAAAAACCCACAAAAAAGGCUACAACAAAAACCCCUAUUUACAAAACAGCUGAAAAACACACGUUUCCUUUCUCCUUCGACACUAGCCUAGACUGUUACUUCCUUAGCAAAGCGAGUAGGGAGACCCCCCGGGAAACAACCCUAGACCGAGACAAUGAAGCCAAUAAUGUAAGUGAAUAUAUCUCGUAAGUAAGCAAGCAAGCAAUUGUCGGACGUCGAACGUAAUCAGAGUAACUCAAAUGGAAAGCAACAUCAAAGCAGUUCAAUAA